CCUUAAAGCCAGCGACCAUCGAGCAGCAUUUGAUGGACCAAAAUAAGAAGUCCAAGGCCUUCAUUCAGGGCUUUAAGGAGCAAGUCGCACAGGCACGAGACCAACUUCACGAGAUCCUGGCAAGACUGAAGCAGGACCUGUGCGUACCUAGAGCACCCCUAUCCUACCAAACUUCCCUAUCACCUGACAUCUUUGAUGUGCUCAUAACUGACCGACGUACUUGAAGGGCCAGACCAUCCCACGAUGCCGCUGCCGGCGAUGACAGUUACCACCCGUCAGCGUCAGAUAUAUUUCCCACCCUGCAAGCCGCCGCCGCCCAGUCGUCCUCCACGAAGGACGAUAACCCCCUCUUCGAGCAAACGCAAGCGCUCCUGCGCCUGAGCCGCGCCAUCCUCGCAUGCCAUCGCACAGUGGAACAGCACGCCCGCUACGCGGAGAAAGUGACAUCCCCGCGCGUGACUUGGGCACAGGACGAGGAGGGCAUGAGGAAACUGCUGGAGUAUGGGAGGCUGUAUGGCGAGAGGGUCGUCGAGGGGUGGAUUACGCCUCGAGAUCAGGACGAGGGUGACGAGGAUGGUGAUAGUAAUGGUGAGGAGGAGAAGAAGAAGAUGAGCGAGGCCGAGAACUUGGCCAGGGGGCUGUUUGAGUGGCGAAGAAAGGGUAGGGGCCUGCCAGGGAAGGCGGAGGAGAGCUGGGGCGUCGCGGCCAGGAGGCAGAUGGUUGUGCUUGCUGGGGUUGUUAGGACGCUGCCUUCUAAAACCUAAAAAGCAGUGAGAGAUAUGUGGGUUGGCUGAGGAUGGAUGGGAUUAACUGGGCGGAGACAAGCGGAUGUUGCUAUUCGGGUGGGAUUGCCUUUCGCUGGCUGGUGCUGAGAUUUGGGGGUCGGUCAUGAUGAAGGUCAUCUGUGAUGACUACAGUAGCUAGAGCUGAGUUUCAUUCGGGGGUACGAAGAUCGAAACCAUCCCAGCAUGUCCAAGCAAUCAUAUCAACGGUGUCUUGC